UAUGGUAUUAUCAGUAUAAUAGACAUUGUUUUAUGUUCCUCACAUAACCUAGGCAGAAAGAGUAUUUCAAUAUAUAAAGACUUCCAAAACAAGCGAAGUGAGUCUUGCAAGGAAGAAGCUAGAAAACUCGUCAGUGCAGAAGAAUUUGGCCCCAGUAUGUCAGACCUGUGGCUGAAAUGGAAUAGUCAUCUGGAGCUUUUGGGUUCCUUGGAUAAUUUGCUUGAGACCGAGAGUUUUGUGGAUGUAACUAUUGCUGUAGAGGGACGGCUACUUAAAGCUCACCGCAUUGUCCUGUGUGCCAGUAGUUCAUAUUUGAACUCCAUUCUGCGAUCUAAUACAACACCGCACCCCAUAAUAUUCAUGAGAGAUGUAAAAUACCUGGAAAUGAAAGCAAUUUUAGACUUUAUUUAUAAAGGAGAAGCGUAUGUAUCACAAGAAAAUAUUCAAGGAGUUCUGAAAACUGCAGAAGCACUUAAAGUAACAGGAUUGUCCAGCAUUUCAUGGACAGAAUCUUCAGUGAACUGUGUGCAGGUAGAUAGGGCUUCACAGUGUGAUAUACCAGACCACCAAGCUGAAUCAGAACCUGCUGACAACUUGAAUGCACAAAAGGAAGCACAAGAGAUGUUGCCAAUACUGAAUGACAGUUCACUGUCAAAUUCUUCAAAAUAUCAUAGCUCAGAGGAAAGAAAGGAAGAAACAGAGGAAGAUGCUGAUAUUGGUGCAGCUGUUCAGGAAGAUGGGGGGCAGUUAACUGAGAACUAUGAAGAGGCAGCAAAAGUGACACAUAUGUCAGCAUCUGAGGAUGGUGAGACAUUGAUGAUACUGGAAGCACCACCUAAUAUAUCAAUUGCCUCUGUUCCUUCUCUACCAGCAAGACAUAAGCCAAUAGGGAGACAGUACUCUAAUGAGGAUCUUCAGCAUGCCUUGGAACUGAUACGUCAGGGUCGUUUGGGAAUCAAACCAGCAGCUAGAGCAUUUAACAUACCUGCAGCUACUUUGCAUCAUGCAGCACGGAGAAGGAAGAUUUCAAGUCCGAUGCAACAAGGUGGAAAUCAUGUCCCAUCACAUCGCAACAGAAUAUACCCUGCCAGCUGAGGACACUGGACCUGAAUAGUUUGAGAUCAUUAAUAAAGAUCUUGUGUAUUUUCCACAGUUGUGACUGAUAUUGUAGAAGGGCAGAAAAGGUGUGAGGAUCAAUUGGGCCCAACUGAGUAGGGAUGCCUGAAGACGGAGAUAGAGUCCCAUCUCCGAAACGUCGUGCAAUUUUAUGAUUUUGUUAGAUGAUAGAAAACAUCCAGAAAACUUUUUAUUUUAAAAAUGCAGAAUCGUCACAAACUUUUAGAUUUGAUCUAUUAUAAUAUAUUUGUUAAUUUAUUGAUUGUUCAUGCUGCUACUUUCUAGCUUAUAUGUAUUUAACAUUCACUCUCCUCAACAUGACAAAAACUUCUAUUGGCCUGAACCUCCCCUGGGGUGUUAGGUUUUUUGUUAUGCCAGGUUGUUCAGACUGUUAUUACAGAAUUCAGUUAUCAGAUUUAUGUUACAUUAAAUGCUCUUUCUACAUUGAUAGUACACUUUAUUCACAGUCUCAUGGGGUAUUUCAAAAUCAUUUUCUUAAAUUUAACAUAUUGUAUGAAGAAAAUAUGCAUAACUUACAGUAUUUAUCUUAUUGAGAGCUACAGUUAUGGUCUGAAACUCUUUUUGUGUUACUUAGUACUUACAUAUGACUAGAAUAUAUUUUGUAGAUCUCCAUGAGAGUUUUGUCCAACUUGGAUCAGAAUUAUUAUUGUACAUAUUUUAGAAAAUACUCCAUACAAGACAUUUCUUAAGCCAGUUUGCCAAGAAUGAAUAUUAUGAUGCUUUAUUGCAAAAUAUGUAUUGAACCUUAAAUUAAGCAAACAAAAACUAUUAACACUAUAAAAAGACGCGUUUCAACCUCAAGAGGUCAUUAUCGGUCUUUUUUAUAGUGUUAAUAGUUUGUUUGUUUGCUUAAUUUAUAUUCUAAUACACUACACAGUAUGCAAAGUUUUAAGAUGUAUUGAACCUUGUGUAUAUUGAAGACAUAGAUAGGAGAAUGUAAAGAUCUCUGUCAGCAUUGCAGUUUCUCACUUCAUUUUUACUGCAUGUCAGUUACAUCCUUAUACAUCCUCUUUAUAUUGAUAAAACUACAGAUUGCUUCCCUGUAAAAUUUUAGUGUUAUGAGUUGUGACAUGCAUUUCCUGUUCUUAAUUUGAUAAUGAUGUGUAGAAUUUCCUUUAUGAAACUGGUUUACAAAAUAUAAAAGUAAUACACAUCGUCAUCCACUUUGAUGUAAGAUCUAAUAAUAAUAUGAAAAAUUAACUGAA